AUGGCUGGCUUGCAGAGUGAAUUUUCCGAGCUUAUAGAACUGCUCGAAAAAGUUCACCAUUCCUGCGAGAAAAAGAGACAAGAAGUAGAACUCUCCUGUCAGGACUACAGAGAGAUCCUUGCUCCGUGGCCAGACGAAGGAAAGUCAGCAAAACAGGGACAGGAACGAGAACAAGAGGCAGAAGUUUCGAAGGGGGAGGGCGCAACUGGAGACAUUCCUGAGCGGGAAAUUCAAGAACUGAAGUUGCUGGACAACGUUUUGGCGAAAGCCCAGAAGGUUAGGAAAAGACACGAGCGGACAGUUAGAGAAGAUGAUCUUCCCGAUGAAGUCAUCAUCAACGAAACUACGGUGGAAACGUCAAAUCAGAGAUACGACGAGGAAAAUUGUAAAGUCAAAGACGAUGGGGAAAGGACGGAAUCAGGCAGAAUAAAUCAACAAGUAGGUAACGGUACGUCUAGAGGGAAAACGGUGCAAGGCAAUGAUCAGGUAGCCACUAUCAGUAAGACAAAGUUGAACAGGCUCAUCAACACAUCAUCAGCAAAGACUCCAUCCGUGUCAGUAAAGGUACUACCUCCCAAAUCAAGCCGCCCACCUGUUGGAGUGAAGAAGUCUUACAAGUUACAGGCUCCUUACAAGACUGAACCAACCAGACCUAAGGUGCCAUCCCGGUCCCAGAGGCCAGGUUCAAGGCCAAUAAGUGCCUCCGCGCGAACAAGUCAGGUGUCGCAGACAAGAUCAUUGUCAACCAGACCAAACGUGACAUUAGCUAGCAGGAAAGUUCCUGAUAAUAAAAAGAGAACUGUUACACGGCCACCGUCUCAUCAGCAUGAAAAUAAUGUGGUAUCCUCUAGUGUAACUAAACAUGCUGCGUCAACAUCUGAAGACUUGCCAGAGAUGAGAAAAGAGGUGGGAAGGAACCCAGCCAAUCAGCAGUCUGCUGACAUUGCCAAGUGGCUGGAAGAUGUCAAACUCUCAGGGAUUGGUGAAGGUGAUCAGGUAACAACAGCAGCAUUACAACAUGAGGAAGACCAAGACACAGAAAAGAAGAGGUUUUUGCUGAAAGAUGAUGCCAGUAAAAUUGUCAUCCCAGGAAAAUGGAAGAAGCUGUGUGUACAGAAUCAUAAACUCAGACAAAAGGUUCAAGAAAUGCAACUGAAGCUAGAACAGUCAACUCACAGACAACAUUUUGUGGACAGAUUGGAAAGUAGAUUCUCAAACAAUGAAGAGUACUCAGAUGUCGAAGUUCCGUAUACACUGGUAGACAUUCAGAGAAAGAAAGGUAGACUACUUGAGAUGGUGGAAGAGGCAGAUAUUCAGAGUUUAUCUCAGGAAUCGUCAUGGCAGGAUAUCUGCCACGUGAAGGUACUACUGGAGUUUGUACAUUCACAACUCCAAGAGCUCAUUUCAGAUGUGAGCCAGAUAGAAAAUAUGUCAGCAGUCAGAAACAGCAAGCAGGUACAGCUAUCUGCCCUGACUUCAGCAGAAGGAAUGAGUGACACAACAUCUUCUGUGAACUCUCAAAUGUGGUUACCUGACGAAUUAGUGCAAAGAAAGUGUGUGGAAAUGUCUUCUUUCCCUGAACCCAUGGUUUACCAUGAUCCAAAGGACCUGAAGAGAAUUGUUACCUUACAGCACGAGGCACAAAUCUUACAGCUCCAGAUCCACAUUCAGAAACUGGUAGGAGACAAAAUCCUGCCCAUGCUACAGACUAUGGACAGGAAGAACCCAAUGUUCCUCUCACUGUACAGGACAGUCUACUCCAUACUGACCACAGGUGGGGAAAGGUUCCCUACACUGGUCAGAGAUGUUUAGACCUAGCUGAACUA